AUGACACAGACCGCCUUGACCCGGUCAACUGUUUCUCUCAAGGGAUAUGGCUCCCUCAUUCCUAAUACAAACAUCGCCGCAGAUGUCCUGAGGGCCCACCUCCUCUCGGUUUCCAGACCGGCGGUGUGCUCGCAGCGGUUGUCUCGUCCUCGACCCUAUUCUGCCCAGACUGUUGUUCUUCGUCCAGACCGACCAGACCCUGCCCCUCCGGUCGACGUCGAAACGCUGUCCCAGAAUGAACGGCAUAACUCCCUACCAAGUCGUGCAAGGCAAAGAUUGGCAAACAAGGAGUUCUUCACGAGCUUGCUCAGCUCUGCGGCUACGAAACGAGAUGCGAAAGCCUUCAUAACGCGGCUGAAAAAUCCUAUCAAGACUUCGACUUCGACGAAGCCCCCUGCGUCUGUUGUCCCCACGGAGGACCAGAGUGAUGUCAACUUGGGAGAUUUGUUCGGGCGAAGUCGAGCCAUGGAAGACAGUCCUGUCUUCACUCAGUUCGAGAAGGAGUCGGAACAGUCGAUCGAAGAGCAAGAAACCUUACACGUUGCUCUAGUCAAGAUCAGCAAUGUCAGUGCCAUGUCCGAGGAUAUUCUCAGGGGUAUAGCCAAAACUCUGUCGUCUCUUACUCGCUUGAGCAUGGUGCCUUGUGUCGUGCUCGAGGAGCCGGAGCAGCUGGAUGGGACGACAAGACGCCAACGUCUACGGCAGACUGCGGAUCGACUGGUCGGAGCCAUUGACUAUGUCAGCGAGUUUGGAGGUAGAAGGCUCGACAAUGUGCUGAGCUUCGGUGCAGAUGGGAGGGCACGAGUGUUCCUCCGCAAGCUGUUGACGCGGCCUCUACGCAGGAGCAGAAUUCCAGUGGUCGUGCCAAUUGCUUAUUCCGAGGAGAGCCAACACGCUGUCUCUAUCGCUGCUGAUGAAGCCGUCCUCGCACUGACCAGAGAACUUGUUGGUCUUGACAUCAAGCCGAGGAUGGACGUGCCUUCUGAGCAUGCGGUCGAGGAAGUGAAGUCCAUGCGCAAACAGAUUUCUGUGGACAGAAUUAUCGUUAUUGACGAGACUGGAGCCAUUCCCAGCACCAAAUCUAUUGAUCGAAAACACGUCUUCGUCAACCUCGAGCAAGAAUACUCGGCAAUGCAGGAAGAAUUGCGGAGCUCUACAGACGGGAGUGUUUCUCCCAAACAUGCCUCGAACUUGAAGUUGUUCCGGGAUGCUUUGAAAUUGCUACCCCAUUCUGCGUCAGGCCUCUUGACCACUCCGCUCGAAGCCGCAAACAGCUCAAGGACGUCGGACGAGGACGUAUCUAACGUCGGAACGAGACGGCAGAAAAAUCCACUGAUUCACAACCUCUUGACCGAUAAGCCUGCAUAUUCCUCGUCUUUGCCUACAAGGCGACUGGGACAAGAUCGCCCCUUAAGUUCGGCAACAAACUCGACCUUUAUCAAGCGAGGCAUGCCCUUGGUCAUGUUGCCUCAUCCGGACGUGCAGCCCUGGAAAGCUGCGGGGAAGCCUCGUUUGAAGCUGACCGACCCGGAGAUCGACCUCGAUCGACUCACUUAUCUGAUCGAAGACUCGUUCAACAGAAAGUUGGAUGUACCAGCAUAUCUGAAACGAGUCAACGAUCGAAUAGCUGGAGUGAUCAUAGCCGGAGACUACGAAGGCGGUGCCAUUCUGACCUGGGAGACCCCACAGGGCGCGUCCGACAGCGACACCUCUCGGCUGGUGCCAUAUCUGGACAAGUUUGCCGUGCUUAAGAAAAGCCAAGGCGCAGGUGGAGUGGCCGACAUCGUCUUCAAUGCCAUGGUGAGGACAUGUUUCCCCAACGGCGUGUGCUGGCGUAGUAGGAAAGAUAAUCCUGUAAACAAGUGGUACUUUGAACGUUCGCGGGGGACUUGGAAGAUCCCGGGUACCAACUGGACCAUGUUUUGGACCACUCCUGGACUUUCAGACCCGGACAAGAGUCAGACCUUCCUCGAUUACGAGAGCGUCUGUCGAAAUAUACAGCCAACCUGGGCCGAUGGAAAGAAAAUCGCCGAUUAG